GUGCAUUUAUUAUUUGUGUUGUUUGACUAUGAUGAUAUCAACUACGUCACGAUACUCCCCACCGGGCCCACCGGUGAUACGUGGAAAAUAGGGGUGUGACAAAUAUCAUGAGGACAUUGUAUGGUGGGUUUGACAAGGUUAGGGCAACCAAAAACAAUUUUAAAAAUUUCAAGCGAGACCUGAACAGGUAUAUAUCUGAGUUUGACGCUGAUAUGAUGAUUAAACGGCUUAUGAGGAAGAAAGAGUACAUGCCAAACUUUUCAAUGGAGUAUAUAACAGACGAAGGUGGGGUUUUAAGAGGUUUGGUUUGGGCAGAUGAAGAUGCCAAAAGGAAUUUUUCGGUGUUUGGUGACGUUGUUUCAUUUGAUGCCACAUAUCGUCGUAACAAGUACAACAUGAUGUUUGUUCCAUUUACCGGUGUCGACAAUCACAAUCGCAACGUUACUCUUGGUGCCGCUAUAAUAGGAAACGAAACUGCUGAGACUUACAGUUGGUUGCUAAAUGUGUUUCGUGAAGCAUUUGGCCGUUCCCCUCCGGAGAUUGUCACCGACCAAGACCCAGCCAUGAAGAAGGCUAUUGAAGAUACAUGGCCCGAGAGUAGACAUAGGCUAUGCAUGUUGCACAUCAUGGACAAGCUUUCUGCUAAGGUUGGUGCUACAAUCUGCAAUAAUACAGAUUUCAAAAAGAGGUUGUGUGCCAUUGUGUGGACCGAUUCAAUUCUACCUGUGAAGUUUGAAAGUAAGUGGGCUACCAUAAUGAACAAUUUUAACUUGGUUGAUCAUGAGUGGCUGCAGUCACUUUAUCAAAUCAGGGAUAUUUGGAUACCGGCUUAUUAUCGUGAGGAGGUCAUGUCCGGGCUUAUGCGUACCUCUUCUCGUUCAGAGAGUGAGAACCAUUUCUUUAGACAGUUUUGUAACCCGGGUAGCACACUUGUCGAAUUUCUCGAGCAUUUUGAUUCUGCUAUUGAAGCUCAGAGACAUGAGCACAGGAAGAAAUACCAACGCUGAAAUAUGGGCUGAAGACUUUAUUUUGGAGGAUCAAGCGUCCAGGAUAUUCACACGCACUAUAUUUUUUGACCAGCAGUUGGAGAUACAAAACGGUAUACACAGAUGUGGUAUCGGAAAGUGGGAAAACAUGGCUGACUUUGUUAACUUUUUUUUGUGAAGGAUUGGGAACAACCAUGCACUACUUUCUUCGAGGUUAUGAUGCGGGAGGACGACAUGACUGUGUAUUGUACAUGCAAAAGAUUCGAACAGUUUGGGUUGUUGUGCUCACACAUCUUUUGUGUGCUAAGAAUGCUGGACAUUAGGGAGUUUCCACAACGCUAUAUAUUACGACGUUGGACUCGGGAGGCUGUUCCAAAUAGUGCCCCUGGUGCUAUUCUAGGUAUCAAUGAGACCGAGGAUCGUUAUAAUGAAGUUAACCGUGUUGUACGUGAGAUCACAUAUUCUACAGAGUCCGUUAUUAACAAGCUUGUCACCAACUUUGAUGCGCUAUGCUCGUUCAGGGAUCAUGUUGUUAAUUAUUUCAAAACUGCGGAUGAGUCGGUCGUCAAUGCUCCACCUAAGAGCCGUCGUGAAAGGUUUGCCGAAAUUACUGGUAACACAAAACCAUCUGAUGCAACCGUUCGUGUUCCCAUUGGAACAAGAUUCAAAGGUAUGGGUAAGCCUAAACAGAUGAAGUCCAAAUGUGAAAUUGCAUUAAGUCAGUUGGGUAAAAAGAGUCGUCAGUGUCAAAACUAUUUUAGAUACGGGCAUAACAGACGUACUUACAAAAACCCUACUCGGACUAAAGAACAAGCUAUGGCCGAGGAUGACGGUGAAGAAGCUGAUGAAGUUGACGAGGAGGAAGAUGAAUGGGUGGAAGUUGAAGAAGAUAUAGGUGAACAAGAUGAGGAUGCAUUAGACGAGGAGGAUGGGGAAGAAGAGUAGUAAGUUAUUUAGAGAUGUCUAAAAAUUUCGUUAUUUUUAACGGACUUUCUUCUUGUUUCGUACAUUGUUAGGUUUUUUAUCGUUUUUCGGAUUCGCAUACACUCAUGGUUUUAUUUUGUUUGCUUUUGUUGGAAUUUAAUAUUA